GCCCAAGUGUGCUUAUUUGAAUGCCACUGAAAAAGUUAAUGUUAGAAUUACAUUUAAGACAAUGCGAUUGGGCAAUACAAAUGGAAUUUUGAACGCUGUGUUUGAAACAGGGGAAAGAUUUAAAAUCGAACUGUUGGGAUCGACUUUUACCGUGAGCGUGGAGUUGGAGAAACAAGUUGUAAGAUUUUUCGAGAUCUACAACACAAUGGUGGAGCAGCAGACAUUUAAAAUUAAGAACAAAUCUGAUCAUGAGCUCACUUACAUGUGUAUGAAGAACGAGAGUGUCUACCAUGAUUUCGAAGAUAAAGUUAAGUUGGCAACUGUUUUUUAUACUACAAAAGAAACUGAAUCGUUAAAGACGGCAAAACUAGUUGAAUAUGAUGUAUUGAGUAGCAGUGAACAUGCUCGGGUCUACACACGUAUACUGCAGGACGAAAUUCAGGCCUUAGUCGCAGACGAAACUCUUCAGCAUCAAAAUAAGCAUUUUUCUCUAACACCCGGGCAAGGUAAACUGUGGCCAAAUCAGACGACCGAACUAACUAUCACAUUUUCGCCGAAAGAAAUUGGAGAAUUGUCUACAAUAACCUACUUAGACAUCGACGGUGUCAAUGAACGACUGCCGCUAAAAAUUGUUGGAACAUCGUUGCCGCCGUCAAUAACUCUAAAUUUAGAAACAUUGGACAUGGAUUGCGUUUACAUAAACAAGACGUACAACUAUGAAAUCGUUUGCACGAAUAAAGGUCAUAUAAAUGGAGUUAUACUUUAUAAGAGCGUUGCUCCUCUGUUUGGAAGUUCCAUAACUUGCACGCCCCAAAUGCACUGUCUUCGUCCUAAUGAGAAAGGCAGUUUUGCUGUGUCCUUCUGCAAUUCUAACCAGGGUUCAUUCUUUGAGGAGAUAAAUUUUUGGAUACGCGAUACUGACGUUGUCCAUAAAGUAUAUCUGAAAGGCGUAGUUAUAUAUCCUUCGUUGAUGUUCAGUAUUCCCUGCUUGGACUUUGGGUUGGUUAGCUUAGGUUAGAAAAAA